AUGGGGGUGGUGCUGCGGCGUGGGAAAUCGAUUUGCACGGACACGGAAAUUCAGACGGAGGUUGACCUUGAAAUGGAAGAGGGGUGUGUGUGUGCUACUCCUGCGCGGGAGAUGCGCGGCCAAAGAGGAUCGCUUGAGCGGCUUCUUACUCUUGUAGCGGGGAGUCUGAAGAAUGAACGGAUUCCCGUUAUUGUUUGUGGGGAAUUUGUAGUCCAUGCGCCGUUCCUCUCGGAUUUGUUUGCCGCGAUGGUGAAUGAAUACAAUGCAAAUAUUGAUGACACUGAAAAAGGUUCUCCUGUUAUGGUGAAGAGUGAACAGGCUCCACGCCAUCUCCGAGCUCGGUGCGUGGAAAACGGCGUUGGAACGCGUAAACACCGUAAGGUAGAGUCUUCAUCUCUUUCACUGGAUUCUACUAUGGCGAAAAAGGAAGAGGUGAUGAGCGAUGCAUCGUCCUCUUUUAUUAGUGAAGAAGAUGAAGCUGUACACAGCUCGUCGUCGUCUUCGGUAUCGUCUUCCGCUUCGAAUUCCUUCACAUCAGUAGAGUCUUCAUCAAGGGAUAACAACUCUGAAUCUUCUGAGAAAGAUGAAGACAAUAGUGAGAAUGAAAAUGGCUAUGAAAAUGGGGAUAAUGAUAAUGAUAAGAGUAAUCAUGAUCGCGUUACGGGUGCGAAAUUUUUCCAGCGGAGCCUUCCUGUAAAGCCGCAGUGGUUAGCUCUGAUGGGUGGCUCUAUCGUUUCGGAGCUACCGGCGUCUGAUCUGGAGAAACUACGCAUUACCGCGGACGAAGUUAACCGAAGCAAAGGCACCGUGCUCCAAUGGAAAGCAGCAUUGUAG